CAUUCCCGUGCGUGUGUGCGUGAUUUUGUCUUUGAGAACGCAGUAACGCCACAUGAUUUGCAUUGUGGGACUCGGCUAGUAUGGGUACUGUGUUUGACGAGGGUAUGGUGCCCUCGGAGAAGAAAGUUCUGGAUGAGGUAUACACGGACGAGAAUGAAGACAUGGAGAUUAUCAAAGAUUGGGAUGAGAAGGAGGAGGCACGGGUGCGGAGGAAGAUCGACAUCAUCCUCAUCCCCAUCCUGGCCCUCGCCUUCUUCGGCCUCCAAGUCGACCGCGGCAACAUCAGCGCUGCCCUAACCUCCACCAUCACGAAGGAUCUCGGUAUCACCACCAACCAAGUGAACAUCGGAUCGCAGUUACUCUCCGCCGGGAUCGUAAUCACAGAAAUCCCCUCAAAUAUCAUCCUCCAGCGCUUAGGUCCCCAGGUAUGGCUAUCCGCGCAGCUCGUGGCCUGGGGAUUAGUCGGGACAUUCCAGGCCUUCGUGCAGAGUUAUCCGGCAUUCCUAGCCACGAGACUAUUAUUAGGCUUGUUAGAGGGCGGGUUUAUUCCUGGUGCGUUGUAUUAUCUGUCGACGUGGUAUAAACGCUCCGAGACGAGUUUCCGGACGACACUGUUCUUUUAUGGGCAGAUGUUUGCGGGGGCGACGUCGAGUUUGAUUUCCGCGGGUUUGUUGAAGUUGGAUGGGAGGUGUGGGCUUGCGGGGUGGAGGUGGAUUUUUUUGGUGGAGGGCCUGAUUACCAUCUUCGCUGCGAUCCUGUUCAUCAUGUUCAUCCCGAAGAAGGCUGGCGAUGGAAGUCCGUUGAUCAGCAUGGGUCGUUGGAGUUACUUUACUCCUCGUGAGAAACACAUCAUCCGCGACCGGGUGCUGCUGGAUGAUCCUCUGAAAACUCGAGGCCAUAUCAAAAUCACCGGCCGUGAUAUCUGGAAGACGGUCACUCAAGCUACAACCUUCCAGCAUAUGAUGAUCACGUUGGUCGCCAUGUCUGGCUUCCAGGGAUUGAACACCUACACGCCGAGCAUGAUCAAGUCGUUUGGAUUCAGCGCCGUCCGAGCCAAUGCCCUAACCUCUGUGCCGGUGUAUGCCAGUAUUGUCUGGACCACCAUUCUCGCUUAUAUCUCUGACAAAACCGGUCACCGUGGCCCUGGGGUCCUUCUCUGUGUCACCUGGAACCUCAUCUCCUAUGCCUGUCUCCGAACUAGUCCUUCGGAUGCAACCAAAUGGCACAAAUAUGCCGUUAUUGCGAUUGCCAACGUCGCGUAUUGCAGCAUGCAUGUCCUCAACGUCGGCUGGCUCGCCUUUUACUGUAAAACUCCCCAAGAACGGAGUAUCUCCAUGGCAUUAAUCGUCAUGUCGGCCAACCUGUCCGGCAUUUCUGGGGCACAAAUCUUCCGCUCCUCCGACGCCCCACGGUACAUCCACGGUCUCACGGCCAUUUGUGCUCUUGCAGCUGCAGCGUGGGUGUUGACGUUGGUGUUGAAUCUGCAUUAUUUGUUUCGGAGGAGGAGGGCGCAGAUGGGAGGGGUUUAGC